AUGGAAUGGCAAAAACUCAUCUUCUGGAUGAUUCUGAUAUUGGUGCCUCUUGCAAGCCAAGGACAAAAUCAAGAAAGGCAGCAAAGCAACUUAGAAAAGAUUUUGUCCAAAUGGAAAUCUAAAAUUAAGAAUCAUCUUCCCAUAAUGUCGAACAUAAAAACAAAACUUCAAUCUGAUGACAUAAAAUUGCUCCUGGAUAGAAUGGCAUUUAAUUUUGGAUCAUUAUGGACUACAUCAGAAAGUGAUCCAUCACUCCUUGGGACUCGGAAAAGCAAAGCAAAGAAAAAUCGUCUGUCGGAAUUUCUCUAUAAUAUUUCAUCAUAUUUACAGAAAGAAGAAUCAAAUGAGCAGGAGGGUGAAGCCUGGAACUCAUUGCUUCAACAGUUUCUCCAGAUACCAGUGGAGAGAUCUCCAACUUUACCACUCCUAAAGCUACAUGACUUUCUUGUCUCUCUAAGAGGAAGUCAAAACUGGAGUGUUCUUCUCAACUUCUUACAGAGAGUUUUCAAAUCAAUUAACAACAGUCAAAAUGCUCGUAAUCUUCUAGGACAUAACUGGGAGAUCCUCGGUGGUUUGAUGGACACUCUAUUUCAAGCACUUCUUAGUGGAACCUUCACACGGACUGCAACUCUACAAGGGGUCCUAUGUUUUUUUAUGGGUCACAGUAAUUGUGGUCUUCAUCCUGUUCAGAUUCUAAAGCUCCUGUUACCCCUUGAAGGCAAAAACUGGACACCUGUGGUCAAUGUGCAGUCAGGGGUUUCAGUCGCAUCACAUGGAAAAUAUAGGCCUUUCAAUAUGCUUUCAGAAAGCUUGAAGGAAAAACAUACCAACUCCAGUAGAUUUAAUCCUUUAUUUGAACAGGAGGAAGUACAAAAUGUUUUUGACAUUUUUUACCGCUCCAAGGAGAAGGAGAGUGGAACCAAGGCUGUUGAUGUGGAAGGGAGUCCAGAGGAUGUUGUCUGGGAAGUACUAGAAGAUCUUCACUACAAUCUUAUGAAAAGAAUGGAAAGAUCUGUAUAUGACAACUUGAACAGAAAAGUCUCUCGCAUGAAAGGGACCCUGAUGAACAGAGUGUCAUCAGUGAUUGGAAUACCACACGCUGAUCAGAAUGGAAAGUGUUCAGUAGGUAAUCUGCAGCAACUGCUCUUGUGGGGAAUACAACAUAAUAUAUCAUGGAAUGUCCAGUCCCUUGGUUUUACAUCAACAAGUUUUCCAUCAGCCCCCCCAAUCCUGACAUGUGUUAAACCUGCUUGGAAAACAGAGGUCAAGACACAUAACAUCUCCAGGAGGUCACAAUCUGAUGUGCUGGAGGAAUCUCAACCCUAUACAGAAGUCCUGGAAGCAGUAUGCAAUGAUUCUAUUCCAGGACUGCCUGGAGUCUCCAACUUUACAGUGUUUUUAUACUGCAAUGUUUACAAUGCUACUGGCUACUCAGUAGAUACAGCUUAUGACCUUCAGGCUGCUUGCUCUGAUGCUGCAUGGUACCUUUCUUCCAUGGAAGAAGACUCGUUUUGGGUGUGGGUAUGCAGGGAAUAUUUCCCACUUGAAUUUAAUACUACUGUCUGCAAAAACUCAUCAUUUCCAAGGAGCAGCCAAGAUCUAUCAAUGAUGAGUGACCUGUGCACUAAUGUCUUCAACAGCUCUGAGGCCAUCAGAGAACUACGGAACAAUAUUAGAUGCCCAGAUGUAUGGCAGGGCAUGUCCAUGAACCCCAAAUCCUUAAAGACAUGCCUAUUUGAAAACAAAACAUUCUUGAUGGAGAAACUUUGUAGUAAUAACUCAUUAUCCAGCAUGCCAGAGGACACUAGGACUUGGGUAACCAGACUAUGCCAAAGACAGAUCGUAAAAACAAUUAUGCUGAAUGCAAAUCAUAGCUCUUGUAGCUACAAGUCCUGGGACAGUAAUGAUUUUCAAAAUGGUACAUUGGUGGAAGACUGCAAAGGGAUCAACAUGCAGGAUUUUAAGGAUUUAGUAUGCAGAAAUGCAUCUUUAUAUUUUUUGCUUAAAGCCGUCCACCCGUGGGUUGUGGAUUAUUGCUGGAAAAAUGUAUCCUUAAAUGGAAAAUGCUUUCUCCAAAGACUGGCAGAUGCAUUACCUAUUUCACCAAGCUUUGAUUCCUCCCAACUAUGUAGAAAUCCAGUAUCGUACAUCAUAGGUCUUGUCUCUCAAUUAUCACAGUGUGACAGUGAGUCCUAUGGCUGGGCGCUCAAUGUCCAGUAUCUACUGAAGAUGCUCGAUUUUCUCUUCACGUUCUCAGACCCGGAGCAAAUAGGUAAGGAAACAAGGGAUAGACUGGGAGAAGCCAUCCUCCUCUCUAGCCUGCUGGAUAAUAGCUCUUUCUGGGCUUCUUUCAAGAUGAAUUCCUCGCUGAGCAUCCUACGGACUGUGGAGCUGUAUCUAGAGAAGGAGAGCAGUGAUUCUAAUAAGGAGGAUCUUCUGAGCUGCUUUAGCCCCGUGCUCUGGGAACUCAUUCAGAAGGAGGAAAAUGCUACAGUUUUUGAAAUUCUUCUUCAGGAAUAUUUGCACAUGCCUAAAGGAGGAUUCCAGAAGGUCCUCAUGUCAGCAGAAAACGAUGCAGUGGAAAGGUUCCUCUCUCUGAUGCAUAGGUCAUGGCCCAGAAUUCAGGUGUCACAACCAGAUGAAAAAGGAUUAGAAACUCUGACAUCAAUGGUUAUCCAAAAGUUUCCCCGCUUAACACCCCAAAUAUUUGUGGAUCUUUCUCAGUUUAUACCAUUUAUGUCUAUAUCUGACAUUGUCAGCUUUCCACUCAACCUACUGGCCAAUCAGAGUGUAUUAGAAGCAAUCAGGAUCCAUAGUCCAGAUAUGAAAAUUGCUCAGAAGCGUGCAUUUGUGAAACGUCUCCUUCAGACUAAAACAAUUGGUGAUAUCCCAUCGUGGCCCCCACACUUUCUCACAUCCAUUCAACCACUUCUACCCUUCAUGCCGUUCUGUCAUUUCAUCCAACUGAGCGCUGAUCAGAUUAAAUUGCUGGCAGAUGGCUGGAAAGAUGUGAACCUGGGUAUGAUGCAUGGACGUUUUGUGGCACAGAGCCUGAUGAACCAGAGCCAAGACGUAGACAAAAUAAAGAGACUUGAUGGCUUCAUUUGCUAUUUGACAUAUGAGGACCUGCAAAACCUUCAGCCUUUCCACUACCCAUUAGGAGUGUUGGAGAAGAAGCUACUUGAAUGCAUUUCACAGAAGACUUUGUCCCAUCGUGGGCGACUGGCUUAUUCAUUAGUGGAUGUGCUGAGAAAAGUCAGUGUACAUUCAUUGGACCUUAAUGAGCUCGUCACUUGGAGAAGUCUGCUUUCCGAACUAGGAGUGUCAUUUUUCCGGACACUUCCGCACAGUCAUGUGAUUAAUCUUCUGACAGCAAUACAAGCCUCUGACCUUUCACUUGCUCAGGGGUUUUUACUUUUCAGUCAUGUCACCCCCACAUCUAAUGUUGCAGAACAAGUGAUUUGUAGACUGCACUCCCUGAUUCCCGUCCUUAGUCCAGAAUAUCUGCGUACUCUGCCUAGCCAACUCUUAACAAGAGCUUGUCAGUGCUUAGGUUCUUCUCUGCCGUUACUGAUUGCUGCACAGAAGGCAGCCAUUAUGCAGUCAUUGCGGAAAUAUAUCCAUGAUGUAGAGCUCUGGCCCGAACAGUUUUCUUGUUUCCUGCCCUUCGCGCCACUGAAGCUCCUGCAUUUGGACACACAGAUACUGUUCAGAAACAUGAGCCUGUACGGGGAGCUGGACUGGAUGCCACAGCAGACCCAGUUCCUCUGGAGGAAGAUUCAGGCUGGUGCAAACCUGACCAAGAAUACCAUUCUGACGCUUGGGACUUUGGCUAAUGGGAUUGAAUGUGACAACCUGCAGCAACUCAACUCUCUUUCAGAUAUCAGAGACGUGGUUAAGUAUCUUCAAGGGAUACCUAGCGGUCUGCGCAAAAGUCUUAGAAAGUGUAUCUUAGAGGAAAUCGAGAAGCGGCCUGAGAUAACCUGGGAAGACACAGGCUGGAUGGGCCCUGAGUUUGUCACAGAUCUCCCGCUGAAGCUGAUUGACAGACUUUCCAAUGACUCACUGACGUUGUUCCUGGAAUAUGCCCAUAAAUAUCCAAAAGCAUUCAUGGAACUCCCACUGUACAAAAAAUAUGUAUUGGCUCAAAGAGCACUAUAUGCCUUGGUAAGGAGAACCAAUAUCAUUGACAGUUUUUACUUAUCAUGUAUGCAAAUUCCAGGGAAUAGAAUUAUAACUGCUGAAGAAAUGGAUCUGUUGGGUCCUCUAUUUGGGUUCAUUGGAGAAGAAAACUUUUCUGGCAUACAUAGGAAACACUUGCUCCUCCACCUUGAUGAGCUGAAGAUGUACUGUGUGUCCGAGGAAUUCAGUAGACAUCUGGGGCAGAGCCUAGUGGAAGAUGACAUGCUGGGACAUCCUACUAAGUGGACACACAAACACAUAGAACAAAUUGGGAGACUGAUCUUUCAUCUUACCCCAGAAAAUCUCAAUUCCAUACCCAAGGAUGUGCUGGGACGAGAUAUUCUGGAAUGGCUUCUGGAGAGUCAGAGAGUAUGGGAAGACGGUGAGAUCGGAAUUAUUUGCACAAGACAAAACUCUCACAUUCAGGCCCGAGCAAGGAGGAUCAAAAAUCUCUUGGCAUCAGCCUUGACUAAGAAAGGUUUUCGCACCAACAGAGAGCCAAUUCCUAGUUGUUCGGACAUGAGAGUAACAUUUCCCUCAGCAUGGAAUGCAGUUCAGAUUAGUGGCAUGUCGUUGUCCGAUUUUGAAGGCUGUCUAAAUAUAAUUACUGAAGAUGCUGAUCUUUCAGUGGACCAGGCAAAGGCUGCUUUGGGAAAAGUGAAGCAGUUGUUUGGACCAGUGAAGAGUAUGAGUCUGGUGCACAUUCUACAGAUGGGUCAGCUCAUCACUCACAUGGCUGAAAAAGAUUUAAAUGAGAUCGAUACAUCGGAUUGGAUGGUUGUGUCUUUUCUGGGCAGAAUGAACAGCUGGAGCCCUAAACAGAUGAAGACUUUAGUGUUCAACAUCCUCAGAGAGCACAAGAAAGGGGCAUCGGACCUAGAUCUGAUGGAACUAACAGCUCUUGGACAUCUGCUGUGUGGUCUCGGAGUGCAGGAACUCAAACAAAUGAAUAUUCAGGAGUUCAGCCAGGCAGCUGUAUUCAUGGGAACCCUGAAACUAAAGUGCUUUGAAGCUCAGCUAGAAACCUUAGCAGAUCUAAUAACAUCCAGCUCAGCAUUUGGUGUGGUGAGCCGAUGGGGCCCUGAGAUCUUCACAGAGAUUGGAACACUUGCAGCUGGUCUUCCAGACAUCGUGCUGUCUUCUUUAGUUAGAGAUCAGAUUCAAGGAUUAACGCCUGAUGCAAUAGCCCUCAUUCCGGCACCAAAAUUUGCUGUUGUGUUCAGCCCAGCUCAGCUCUCCUCCUUCACCAGUGAUCAGGCCAUAGCAGUCACUCCUGAGCAGUAUGAACAUCUCAGCAGCCAGCAACGUCAGGCCAUCUCUAGUGCUCAGUAUGAAGGGGACGUUUACGAGGAUCCUCGCGGAGAGAAAAACUUUGGAUCACCUGUUGUUUGGAAUCCUGCUAUUCAUGUCAUGGUGCUGCUCUCUUUCCUUCUCUGAGCUUCCGGUAUCCCAGCCCAGUUGGUUGGCUGAUUAGAAAAUGUUUUUGUAAAACAUUGCUUAUAAAUCCCACUUGGAUUUUUAAUAAAAUCAU